GCAGCUCGCUUGUGAUGGCGCAGGAGAUGACCGGUGCGUCCGGAGGGGAUUACUCGGAGGGGAAAUCCCACCCUGCAGAGACAGAAGCCUCCAGUCCGGGGGACAAAGGCUAUGACGGCGUCUUGGAGCUUAGUCGGUUUGAUGGACUGCCUCACUCCUCCAGAUAUUACAAACUGCUCCGAGAAAGGAAGGAGCUGCCCGUGUGGAGAGCAAAGAGCGACUUCAUGGACACUUUGGCCAAAGGACGCUUUGUCAUCGUCAGCGGCUCGGCCAGAACUGGGAGAAGUUCUCAAAUUCCCCAGUGGUGUGCCGAGUUCUGCCUGUCGGUCCGGUUCCAGCACGGCGUGGUGGUUUGUACCCAGAUUCACCCUCAGCAGGCGGUGGAUCUCGCCUUGAGGGCGGCCGACGAGAUGGACGUCAACAUCGGUCACGAGGUCGGGUACGACAUCCCUCUGGAGGCGUGUUCCACCCACGACACGGUGCUCAGGUACUGCACGGACGUCACGCUCCUGAGGGAGAUGAUGUCGGACCCUUUGCUCGAGCGCUACGGCGUGGUGGUGGUGGACCAGGCCCACCAGAGGACCGUGGCCACCGACGUGCUCCGGGGUCUGCUGAAGGACAUUGCCCUGCAGAGGCCGGGGCUCCGGGUGGUCCUUCUCACGGCUGUGGAACCGGACGCGAAGCAGCUGGCCCACUUCGCCGGCUCGGCGGCCCCCGUGAUCCUCCUGGAGAGCCCCGGCGCCGGGGAGGUGGUGCACAGCAGCACGGGCGACGGUUACUUCCUCUCCGCCGUCCGCCUGGUGCUGGAGAUCCACCACACGGAAGAGGAAGGGGAUGUGGUGGUUUUUCUGGUGACGACGCAGGAGAUAGAUCUGGCCCGUGACAUCCUGUGUCAGGAGGGGCACAGCUUACCCUCCGAUCUGGGCGAGCUGCUGCCCGUCGCCGUGCACCCUGGCCAGCCCGGGAACCUGCCAAUCACGGGGGGGGAGGAAGAGGAGGAGGGGACGGGUCUGACCCGCAGAGUGUUCCUCACAGCCAGUCCAAACGAGGACUUCUUCUGGGCCGCCGGCUCGAUACGCUUCGUGAUUGACGCCGGCCUCGGGAAGAGACUCGUUUAUAACCCCAGGAUCAGAACGAACUCCGUCACCAUUCAGCCAAUCAGCUCGAGUCAAGCCACAUGUCGCAGCCAGCUGGCAGGUCCAGCAGGCAAGUGCUUUUGUCUGUACCCAGAGGACCGACGGCUUCCCGCGGCGACUCGGCCUCGCGUUGUGGAGUCGGACAUCUCUUCCACGGUGCUCUUCUUGAAGAGGAUGGAGAUCGCCGGCCUGGGCCACUGCGACUUCAUCGACAGGCCGGAUCCCGAAGGCCUAAUGCAGGCUCUGGAGGAGCUGGACUACCUUGCAGCUCUGGAUAACGAUGGCAACCUCUCUGAGAUUGGCAUCGUCAUGUCCGAGUUCCCCCUGGAGCCCCAGAUGGCCAAAACUCUGCUCGCUUCCUGCGAGUUUGACUGCGUUAGCGAGGUGGUCAUCGCCGCCGCCAUGCUAACGGCACCGACUUGCUUCACGGUUCCCUCGGCGGAGUGGACCCGGGGCCACAUGGACCUCCAUCACCCAGAGGGGGACCACUUCACCCUCAUCAAUAUCUACAGGGCCUUCGAGCAGCGGCAGCAGGACCCGCACUGCGAUGUGGACGCGUGGUGUGAGGAGCGGGGCCUGAACCGCGGCGCCCUGCUGGCGGCCGACGCGCUUCGCGCCGAGCUCCUGGACACCCUGAGGAGGAUCGAGCUGCCCAUCUCGCCGCCCGCCUUCGGCUCGCGGAACAACGCCCGGAACAUCAAGAGGGCCCUGCUGGCGGGGUUCUUCAUGCAGGUGGCGCGGGACGUGGAUGGAUCAGGCCACUACUUCAUCCUGACCCACAAGCACGUGGCACAGAUCCACCCGCUGUCCGUCUACGGGGCCCGGAGCCCCGAGGCGGGCCUGCCCGAGUGGGUACUGUUCCACGAGCACUCCUUCUCCGAGGAGAACUGCCUGCGCACCGCCACCCGCAUCACGCCGGAGGAGUUCAUUCGGAUGGCACCACAGUAUUUUUUCUACAAUCUCCCGCCUAGUGAGAGCAAAGACAUCCUGCAAAACAUUUUGAACCACGGAGCUUCUCGGUACCAAAAGGAGAAACCGCCGACCUCAGCAGACAAACCCCCCGAGGAGGAGCAGACUUCUGACCGCUGUGUCCUCCAAUGAAUACUGGAACCCUCUGCUCCCAGUGACUGUGAUGAAAUAACCCGUCGGACGUUUUGCUCUAUGUUGAACGGAAGCACAAUUUUCAUUAGUAUGUUUGGUCAUAUAUUUUAAUUUCCUCCAUAUGUCACAAUACCACAUUGUUUAAUAGUUUCACAAAAUGCAUUAAUAUAUUUAAUUAAAAAACAAGAAUUGCUCUUUUGAUCUUGGUUUUCAGUGCCUGAUUAAUUAUAUGUAUUGAUCCACCUAUUUAACAUCUGAUUACUAAGCGUGCAAGAGGACUGACCAUGGGUCCAAAACGUGCCCCGAGUAGAUCGGAGUCUGGUUUCUGCUGUAGAAACAUGGCGCACUUGUGAAUAUUCGGUCCCAUUUAUGCCAAUUUGUCCCUCUGAAGGCGACACACUGUUGCUGGUCGGAUCCUUUCUCAUGAGUUUAAAAAUGUCAAAUUGUGUUCUACUCAAGCAAUGGUUAUUCUCCAGGUCCCCCACGUUACCUUCACCCACAGCCUUGAGGGUCCAGCAUGAUUAAUGAGGUGCAGGGAGGGUUUGGGCCCACCUGCAGCUCCAUCUGGUGUGGAUCCGGUUCACCACACCGUUAGUGAACCAGUGACCUAAUUCACUGACAUUGCAUUGAAAACAUUGUGUCCCAUCUGUAGCGAAUCGAGCUGAACGGUGAGGCAAGAAC